AUGGGAGAUUUAUAUCAAACUUUGAGCGAACUUCUCAGCGAAAAUCCUGCAUUCAGGGAUAUUCCAGAUAUUUCGAAGUCACAAGGAAAAUCUUAUGACUCACUCUCAAAAAAAAUUAGCGAAUAUCUCAAAAAUUUUUGUCAAUUGAUACGAAAUAAUGGAGAUCCUGAUGCUAUUAAUCAACUCUUUCGCUCACUCACCAUACCAAUUUUAGCGUGCACAGAUAUUCAGGUCCUUCUAGAGCUUUUUGAAUCAUUGCGUGAAAAUCCUGAUGCCUUCAUUGAAAAAUUUUAUAUAAAAUCUCGAUGCUAUGUGCUUAUAAACACAAUUCCCAAAGAAACCAACUUCGAAAGCUAUUUGAUGAGCUCUGUUAAUUAUAUCCUAAAAAUGAGGCAAAAUGAGUUUGAUACGAGGGGCACAGAAAUGAUUUUUGCUAAUUAUUGUUUAAAAUACAUGGAAGAAAACUUAAACAACAAAACUUCUCAUAAACUAGCAAAGAAAAUCGAAGAUAUUAUUGACCCAAUGGAUUUUAGACGAUUUAAGAAGCUUAAAGAAGACCUUGCAAAUAGCAAUAUAAAUAAAGAACUCAAUAGACAAGAUUUCAGAUUCCUCGAAGAAAUUUAUUCCAAUAAUAAGGGUAAUUUUUCAAUAAAAGUCCACAAAGGAAUGUGACGAAAUCCAAGGAAUGAGGAAGUUGAAGUAGCUAUAAAAGUAUACAAGUUCAGCUCAAAAACUGAGAAAAACGAGAGAUAUACAAAAAUGAUAGAAACUGAGUCCGAUAUUUUACAAAAAAUUAAUGCUUAUGACAAUAAGCAUUAUGACAACCAUUUUGUGAAAUAUUAUGGGUAUGUAAAAAUUGAUGAAGAGCCAUUCGCUGAGUAUUGGGUAGUGAUGGAGCUCUAUGAAGAGACUUUGAUAGAGUAUGCCAGAAAAAACGUGCCUUCAGAUAAAAAAGUCCUGGAGUUUGCAAAGCAGCUGCUUGAAGGGCUAGCCAUUCUUCACGAAAAAAAUAUUGCCCAUCUAGACAUAAAGCCGCAAAAUAUUUUCGUGCAAAAAAGAAAGGGAAAGAGAGAAGGGGAAGAGGAAAUUUCUUUGAAAAUUGCUGAUUUUAAUAUUUCACUGGAUUUAGGCAAAAAUCAAGGACGUCUAUACCCUGUUCAAGGGACACCAGGAUUUAUGGCCCCAGAGCUAGAAGAAGCUUAUGAGAGAUCUAAAGCCUCAAAUGACCCUUUGAAAAAAGCAAUAAUUUAUGAUCCGAAAAAGGCUGAUAUGUUCUCUCUAGGGCUUACUUUAGGCCAAUGCUUGAGAGGGAAAGGAAUAGGAAAUGGGUUUAGCUGGGACACAAGCCAGAGGGAAUUAUCUGACUUUAUUAAUCGAUACAAAAAAUCCAAAUUGGGUGCGGUUUUAGAAUAUACAUUAAAACGUGAACCAAACCAAAGACUUGACGCUGAUAGGAUUAUAAGAAAACUAAAUGGCGAAGAAGAUGAAGAAGAAAAAAAAAUAGAAUUAGAAGAAUAA